UUCAUAAAAGCUCAUAAUAAAAAUUUGCGUUCAAAGGGAAAUAAAUCGCCGCAACACAACUGCAACUCUGCGCUAUUUUAUACUUGUUUCUAAUUAGCAACCCUGCGUUUUGCCAUUCUGAAGCGAAUGACAGCUGUGCCCAAUAGAAAAGAGCAAAAGAAAAUGCAGAAAAUAUUUCAUUGAUGGAAAAUUGUUCGGAGUUGUUCAAACGGUAAUCGCACGGAGAGAUUUUGUUGACGGGCGCAACUAAACAAAAGAAAAGAAAAAAAAUGCAUAAAUAAAUACAAUACAAAUGCUAGAAUAAACGCAAAAUGUAAUAAUACGGUAAUAUAAAAUAGUUUGUGCGCGAGUGAAGUAGUCUAGGAAAAAUCGUUUGUGUAGCUAAGUGGAGUGUAUAAGAAAAAACAAAAAUCUGGUAGCAAACAUUGGCUAAGCGCGAUAGAUAUUUUCCAAACAAGUAAUAAAAAUAUAAAUUUAUGUAGCAAUACAACUUGCAAAUUGUUAAUACGAAACCCAGUGAACAACUAAUAGAGAGCAGGCGCUUCAAACAAAUUGCAAGCACAGUCAUAGUUUGUGCAAAGUUUGGACAGAAAAAGUAGUCGAAGGCCAUUAUUCCCAAAAUAGAUACGCAAGUGCAUUCCCCUCCCCCAGAUGAUUGUGCGUGCGUUGCAUUAUUUAAAGUGUUACGUGACACGCAACAAAAUUUUUGUAUAUUGAGAAAAUACAUCUAGCAAAAUUAUUUUUGCAACAUUGUGAAAGUCUGAAUUGGCAUUCGACGUCAUUCGACAGUGCAUCAAUUUUCUUCAAUUCAUGCAAACCGGCUUACUCCGUUAGGAUUUUGUAUCUACUACAUUUAUCAUUUAUAUUUGCUUAUUCCGUCAGUAUUAUAAGCAAAUUUAUUGAAUUUCCCAAUACAAUCGCCGGCUACUGAUCUGCUAACUAAUAAAAACAAACAAAGUGGUAAAUUAAUUAAAACAAACAUCGAAGAAGUCAAUAAUGCGCGAAAAAAAUGCAAAAUCAGCAGGCUUGAAUAAGCUCGAAGCCGAAACAGCAUUCAGGCUGACCACAUCUCUUCAAUGGCUUGACUUGGCGGCCGUCUUAUCUUUUGCUUCUGCGUUCUGUUCUCGCGCAUAAGUAUUUCUUUUGUACUCGUACCAGAAUACUGACUAACUUGCAUUUAUGUGUAUGUGUGUGUGCGUGCGCUUCUUCGUUUGCGCAACGAUGUAAAACAAAAGUCCAUUGGUUGAAAGUGAAACCAAGAGUAAAAAUCAGCUGAGCUUUGUACGCUCGCACGACUUGGCGGGCAAUGAUUUCCAUUUCAAAUUAUGUAAAUAUUACUAUUUCAAAGAAAGAGCACAUCACGAGCAAACGGUGAACGGCGUAAAAUUUAAAACAUUAUAUAUUUUUAUGUGUGUGCGUGCAUGUGAAAAAGUGAAAACAAAUAAGUAAUUUUCAACGGGGCGACUACCGAGGCUAAGAAUAGCACGCAGCACCGGACCAAUCGCUAACUAAGGAAGUGUAUACGUUUUGCCGACUUCAAGACUCUCUCUUCUUUCCUCGCAACCUCAACACCUUAGAAGGCGGGGAAUUUUACUUUGGUGUAAUUGGGCGUAGAAUGCUAUCCAAUUUUCACAAAUUAAUGCGGUGCUCUUCGAGCGUAUUGCAAUCUUCUACACCAAUGGGUGGUGGCGGUGGUGGUUUUGCCGCCAGUGAUGGUGUAAUGAAAUCACGAUCCUCACCCUUUAACAUCAACGAUGACGAUCCCAAUAUUGCCACUUGUUCGGGGCGUGGAGAUUGCCUGAAUGGCACUUGUCUCUGUGAGAUCCGUUACGCCGGCGAUGAGUGCAGCGGUUUCAAUCUGCCAUACUAUGCGGGCAUUUCGGCAGUUUUCUACUUUGUCGCACUGGUUUCGGUUGUGCAACUAUUCAUCUGUAUAUUUGCCGAGUAUCAGCGUUUGAAGCAGCCUUCAUUUCUGCGUGCUUGUCGUCUUACAACACAAAAAGUCUUAUACUUCAUGGUAUUCGUGGCGGCAACACUAAGAGGGGCAUAUUUUACGACACCGUUGGAUUUGCAGCCACAAUGGGCGGUCACACUUAUGUCGGCGUAUUAUCCGAUGUUAAUGACCUGCGCAUCGCUGAUUGUUUGUAUGUGGGCUGAGAUUUUCCAUUUACGCGAUAUCCGCUGGGAGAGAUCACAAUUCCUAUCGAAAAGUUUUCUCGGCUUUGUUGCAUUUAACUUAUUCCUCUACAGCUUGUUCGGUGUCGAGGUAUUCUCUUCAUUGAUCACCGCCGAUCGGCAGAAUUAUGCGCACAUUUUCAACGGCUGCUAUGCAGUGCUGUUGCUCAUCGUAGUCAUUUUCUUUUUGAUCUAUGGCGUCGAAGUGUAUUUCAAGUUGCGUGGUGGCUUUGUUUACGAUCAAACAGGCAAAAUACUUGGUCCCAGUGAAGCGAUCGUAAAUGCCUCACAGCUGCAUCAGUCGCGCUUGGGUCUCUUAUCGCAGGCGAUUAUGUUAAUCGUUAUUGUGGGCUUCCUAACAUCGGAGACAUUGGGUGAUUUUUGGAAAACAAAAGUACCGGUGUAUUCACGCAAUUGGCAUGAUAUUGUCUUCCGCAUCGUGGAGAUGGGUGUUGCUUUUUGGUUCCCCUGUUGUUUGUGGAAUUCAAUGGCACCCGAACAGCUGUGGAUAUUGAAUCCACGCAAAUUGCUCUCACGUCAAAUCGAUCCAUCCAUACCGACCACAUCGGCCGAAACCAAGAGCCUGUCGCCGGAGGAAGGUCAAUCGUUUUUGACGAAAAAAGACUGCUGGAUUUGUUAUGAUAAUGACAAACCAGAGCCGCUCAUACAACCGUGUCGCUGCACUGGUGACGUCAGCUCUGUGCAUCAUGAGUGCCUCAAACGCUGGCUAGUGGAGAGUUGCAGUUCAACAGAAGCGCAAUUAUCGUGCAAAGUUUGUGGCUUCCCUUACGAAAUUGAGAAGACUAAAAAACUCGACUGGGAGAAGGGUUUCAACAUGCAGCACUGGUCCAAGACAAUCAUACUGAUAACGUUGAUGUGUGUUGCCGGUGCCAGCGCUUGGGUUGUCAUUCAACUAUACGUCGAUCCGCUGAUACGUGUACUCACUGUUGGCAUUGCUGUGCUCAUCGGCUAUGUAUGCAUUAAAUGUCUGGGUGAGAACACCGUAGUGGCAUAUCAGCGGGCCAAAGUAAGCUCAAUUAAUAUAGUGACGAAAUCGGAAAUGGACAAAUUGCACACCAUUUGUGAAGAUGUUGGUGAACGGCCAACAACAACAACAGCUGCGGCAGCAGCAGCAGCAGCGCUGGCUGCUUCAACGUCAGCAUCAACAUCGACGACGGUCACAACAAGCGCGCAAUGAUUAUGAUCGAGCAAAGGAAGCAUUGUUGAGUCGGAGCACGUAUGCUUGUUGGAGGAUGAUGAGGAGCAGCAACAACAACAACAGCAGCGAGAGCAUUUGGUGGAAGUCGAACAGCUGAGAGAGAUGUCAGUAGCAACAGCAGCCACGCAUAUAGCACCACCGAAAACGAAUAUUAGUUUUACUAAUAUUACAGAGAAAAACUAACGACGAACCCAUCAUUAAAUGAGUAGCCAAUAAUUGUAAUAACCUCGACGGUGAUCGGCAAUUACAGCGCUACAGGCAGGCUAAGGUAUAAACAAAAGAGGACAAUAGCAGCUGUGCUAAGAACUUAAACAGCAAUGACUUUACUUACACACACACACACACACACACAACAGCUUAGUAAUGCAGCAAUUAAGGAUUUAUUCAUUUACUAUUAACAAUUAAAAAAACAACAACAACUUUGCGUGUUUGUAGAGAGCGACCAAACAACGAUUUCUCAGGCCGAAACGAACCGAAAUUCGACCGAAGUCAAACUGACUGAGUAAUUAAAGAGCACGGAGUUUUUUGAAAUGCAGUAUUUUUAUUAAAAAAAAGUAGCAACAAAUUCCUAAACUUCAGUUACAAUAAUUUCAGUUCAUAGUAUAUGAUGAUACAUAAUUCAAGUAUUAUGAUUAUUAUUAUCGCUCACUUGUGACAUUAGAAUUCUGGCACUCCCUUGCAAUAGGUAGGUAGGGUACAAUAAGAAGGGCGGCGAAGCAAGUGGAAAAAUUAAGUUCCAUACAUUUUUGGUAAAA